CGAUCAUGAGUUAGCCGGUAUAACAGCACACGGCUAAGCCACAUCAGAAAUGGCUCUCUCGCAUGCAUGGAAUCCACCUGCUCUGGCGUGGCUGUCGCUGGUGUUGGUGCUGAGUGCAGAGGGGUCCCAGAGGUGUCAGGUGGAGGGAGAAUGCGCCUGCCUCCUACACAAGAGCACGCGGCUCUCCAGACUGAUGGAGAAGCAGGCCGAGGAUCUCCGAACUACAUAUAUGAGCAGUCAGGGGGACUUCUCUGAGAUGUUCUGCAAGCUGUCGGUGAAGGAGGUUCCGAGGGCGGAGAUCACCGGAUACGGAACGCUGGAACGUCUGCGCAGCGUUCACACCACGCUGGGCCUGUUCCGGCAGCACAUCGCCGUGGUGACGGAGGAACAGAAGAACCUGCAGGAUUCCGAGAACCCGCUGCUGAAGGAGCUCCUGGAGGCCCAGGACCAGAUCGCCAACCUGGACGCCAGCGUCCGCAGGCUCCUGCAAACUCUGCACCCCAACGAGCCCCCAGAGGUGGCCGGACCUGGCCGUGGCCCCGCCCCGGGCCCCGCCCGAAACACCUUCCAGCAGAAGAUCUACGGCUGCGCAGUCCUGACCAAUCAUAGGGACUUCCUGUCUCAUGUGUGGCAGGAACUGAAGGACCUGAAGUUAAAUGGCCAAACGUGUGUCAGCAGGAAAGGGAGGUCGAUCAGGGGGGCCAGACCCAGAACCUCCUGAGGGAGGGACGGCACGGGUCCCGGAGACAGAGAGAGCGCGGGUUAGGAUUUCUCUGUUUGGUCACGCCUAGAGACUCUUCUUUCAUAUUUCUGGUUUUCACUUUUGCUGAUUUUAUUUACACACGUCUUCAUGUCGUGUUCUCUCGUGGAAAUGGACCUGAACGGCCCGAGAACCAUUAGCUUUGUAUUUAUUUAUAUAUUUAAUAUAUAUUUAUUUAACUGUGUUUUAUUUACUUUUCAUACAGUUUGAGAAACAGUUAACUGCAGUGUACUUAAAGAAUGCACUCCUGGGAUGUCAGCUGUUACCUUGUUCUGUUUACAUUACGGAAGAAAAAAAAAAUCAGCCUGUGGUAACGCUGUGGUAAGGCUGUGGUGCUGGUGCGGUAAUGCUGUGAUACUGGUGCGGUGAGGCUGUGGUACUGGUGCGGUGAGGCUGUGGUAAUGGUGCGGUAAUGCUGUGGUAACGCUGCGAAAAGGCUGUGGUGCUGGUGCGGUGAGGCUGUGGUAAUGGUGCGGUGAGGCUGUGGUAAUGGUGCGGUAAUGCUGUGGUAAUGUCAUAUUCAUGCCAGCUGUCACAGCUUUAAUUUUAGCCACAUUGGCUUUUAGUCUGUCCCUUGAGCUGUGACCCAGGAGGCAAUAUGUUUAUUAAUGUCUUACCUUCAUGCUGUCACAAUGACGGGAAACAGCGUGGGAGGGGGGGCAGGGGCGGGUGGGUGUGGUGUCAGUCUGCCUGCCCUUAUGCUGAAGUGUGAGAAAGGGGAGUCUGUCAGUCUGUCUGCUCUUGUUUCCGGUGGGUGAAAGAUGACGACAGCGAUACCGGAUCAGCAGCCCUAUUAAUACUGACUGCUCGACGCCCAGGUGCCUGGAAAUGACUUGUUGUAAUAAAUUUGAUU